GUGUUGCUGCUGCCGCCGUCCGCUGCACGAACUUCGUGGCGGAGGAACAGCCCACUGUGCACCUGGUCGGCAACGCCUCACGCCUGCUGACGGAUGCCGCGUUGCGCGUGGCCUGCGCCGCGGAGGAGGAGGUGUCGAAGACCGAGCUGCCUUCCUUCCGCUGCGAGAUUGUCGAGGACGAGAGCUGUGCUGCCGGCGCAGGCACCCCGCUUGAAGCGAGCCACGGCCUCUUCGGCGAGGAGUCACUUUCUGCUUUCGUCUUCGCCUCGGCUAUGGAGGCUCCCCUGGCCUUGGCUCGCCAGCGCUGGCGCCAGGCCGGCUCCAUGAAGGCACCAAGUGCCGGAGCAGUCGGAUGGGAGGCACAAGCCGGCACAGAU